ACUCUCUGCCUCCUUCUCUUUCUCCUGCUUCUGUAACUCAUUGCCACACCUUCUCGUUAGCAGGAGAAAGUAGAAACAAACGCCUCUCUCUCUCUCUCUCUCUCAUAUACAUUCACCUUCUCUCUCUAUAAAAACCAUGCCUUCACUGCCUCUCUCUGAUCCUAUGCUCACGGAAACCACCCCUAAAGACAAGAAGGAGAAGAAGAGCAAGAAGAUGAAGAACAACGGCGAAACCCUAGAAACCGCCGAUUCUCCAAUCAGCGAGAAGAAGAGCAAGACGAAGAAGACGAAGGAGAGCAAGAAGCGCAAGGCGUUGGAGAUGGAGGAGGAGGAGGAGGAGGAGGAGGAAAGGAGCGGGACCAGCUCUGAGCUCGUCGAGCCUGUGAGCUCGAAGAAGAGCGUGGCCGAGGAGUCGGAGAAGAAAAGCAAGAAGAACAAGAAGGCCAAGGUUGAGGACGGUGAGGAAGAGGAGGUCAAGAGUGUGGAGGAGGAUCCGAAUGCCGUGUCAAGGUUUCGGAUUUCGGCGCCGUUGAAAGCCAAGUUGAAGGAGAAGGGGAUUGAGGCCUUGUUUCCCAUUCAGGCUAUGACCUUCGAUACCAUCCUUGACGGCUCUGAUUUAGUCGGUCGCGCUCGCACCGGUCAGGGUAAAACACUGGCAUUUGUGUUGCCCAUCUUGGAGUCACUUACGAAUGGGGCAUCUAAGGCAUCAAGGAAAACUGGAUAUGGGAGAUCACCAAGUGUUUUGGUUCUUUUACCUACAAGAGAAUUGGCUAAACAGGUGGCUGCUGACUUUGAUACAUAUGGUGUAGCGUUGGGAUUGACUUCAUGCUGUUUGUAUGGGGGAGCUCAUAUGAGAGAUCAAGAGAUGAAACUCAAGAGAGGGGUUGAUAUAGCUAUCGGAACACCUGGUCGAAUUAAGGAUCACAUAGAGAGGGGGAAUAUUGACUUCAGCUCUUUGAAGUUCCGGGUCCUUGAUGAGGCUGAUGAAAUGCUAAAGAUGGGCUUUGUUGAUGAUGUUGAACUAAUUUUAGGUAAAGUAGAGGAUGCUAAUAAAGUUCAGACUCUGCUCUUCAGUGCCACUUUGCCUGACUGGGUUAAGCAGAUUGCUGCUAGGUUUCUUAAACCAAACAAGAAAACUGCUGACCUUGUUGGUAAUGAGAAAAUGAAGGCUAGUACCAAUGUUAGGCACAUUGUUCUUCCCUGUUCUAGCUCUGCAAGAUCCCAGCUUAUUCCAGACAUUAUUCGUUGUUACAGCAGUGGAGGCCGGACAAUUAUUUUUACCGAAACAAAAGAUUCUGCUUCCCAACUUUCUGGAUUGUUGCCUGGAGCACGACCUUUGCAUGGGGAUAUACAGCAGUCUCAACGUGAGGUCACACUCGCGGGGUUCAGGUCUGGAAAAUUCAUGACAUUGGUUGCCACAAACGUGGCAGCACGGGGUUUGGACAUUCAUGAUGUGCAAUUAAUCAUCCAGUGUGAACCUCCACGUGAUGUGGAAGACUACAUCCAUCGAUCUGGACGCACAGGAAGAGCAGGUAAUACUGGAGUGGCAGUAAUGCUUUAUGAUCCAAGAAAGUCCAAUUUUUCUAGGAUAGAAAGAGAAUCUGGUGUAAAGUUUGAGCACAUAUCUGCUCCUCAGCCAGCUGAUAUUGCUAAAGCUGCUGGAGAGCAAGCUGCAGAGAUGAUUAUCCAAGUCUCUGAUAGUGUAAUUCCUGCUUUUGAGUCUGCUGCUGAGGAGUUGCUGAAUAAUUCUGGUCUAUCAGCAGUUGCAUUACUUUCAAAGGCUCUUGCCAAGGCUGCUGGAUAUUCUGAAAUAAAGAAAAGAUCUCUUCUCACUUCAAUGGAAAAUUACGUCACUGUACUUCUUGAAGCUGGAACUUCAAUCUAUACACCAUCUUUUGCUUUUAAUGUCCUGAAGAGAUUCUUGCCUGAGGAGAAGGUAGAGGCAGUGCAGGGUCUAGCUCUCACUGCAGAUGGAAAGGGUGCCGUGUUUGAUGUUCCUGCUGGAGAUUUGGAUACAUUUCUUGCUGGUCAGGAAAAUGCUGCUAAUGUGAGCUUAGAGGUAUUGAAAGCAUUGCCGCCCUUGAGGGAAAGAGAACAGCCCAGGGGAAGAUUUGGUAGUGGUGGUGGUUUUUCUGGUGGGAGUAGGUUUUCUGGUGGAAGAGGCGGCAGAGGUGGUGGUGGUGGUUUUUCUGGUAGAAGAAAUGAUAGGUUUGGCUCUAGUGGCGGGAGAGGACGUGGCAACACUGGCAAAAGAUGGUGAAGGGCUUAUAAACUGUUAAUUAUCGAGUAGCCAAUGGUCUAAAUUAAUUUGUUGUAGGGGCAGGGUACGAGUGAUAAUGAAGAAGAUAUUCAAUAUAGGGCCAUGUAUGAGGAAAACUUCGAAUCUAGAUUGGCUCAGUAUAGAAAUUUUCUGUUCUUUUUUUACUUUUUAGCGUGUUCUGAGUUAUUUGUUUAGGUUUUGGGGAUUUUUCCAUGUCUCCCCAUUUUGGGUCUCGUCUUUGCUAAAAAUGUGAGACCAAGAACGAAUUUGAAUGUUUAUUUUAAUGAUUCACAAGAAAAAGUAAUAGAAUAUGUAUUCUUAAA